CGGCCUCUGGUCACAGGAUGGUGAUAAUGAACAUAUUUUACCGUCUGACUAAAAAAAAAAAAAGGGAGGAAGAAACUCCACUUGUCUUGACUCUCUUAUAGCCUCGGCUUCCACCCACCUAGGAAGAGCUGCAGCAGUAGUGUGGGUGAAGAGUCAAGACUUCAAUGAUUAUCCACAGUGAGAGAUGAUGGACUCGGAGGUGUCUGUGCUGCUGCACUGUGCAGCCUGGAGGGGUCUGCUGCAGCCUCAAGUACAAGUGGAGCUCUCUGCAAGCUUCAACAGGCAGACAGAUUCAGCCCUGGAGCAUCAAAUAGAAGAGGCGUGGACAGAGCGGGUGUCCAGGGAGCCGUGGCUUUUCAACGGGUCCAAAUUCAGACUGCACUCUUUCUGCUUGGCCUCAUCAUCCUCUGUUUCUCCUAAACACCCAGCCUGCACUCAUCCACCCCACAUCCCCUUCUCAGACUGUGCAGAGGAACAGGACCACAGCAGACAAAGGAUGGAGGAGAAUUUGUGUACCGCUGAUUCUCUGCAUGACUCUGUCCAGAGCAGUUUGGACAACAGAAACAGACAUGUGAAUCAGAGAGAAAAUGUAGUAAGUGUCAGUGCAUUGUCACAAGCUUCCUCCCUUUACAGUGAAUCUAAGAGCGUCACAGCUGGAUGUCCAGAUGGUGAAGAGGGCGGGCCGCUCCUCACUCUGAGCAUGGGCCUUACAUGCUACAAAGAUUAUCUGGGAACAAACUGGUCGUGUCGAGUGGCGGAGCUACGUCAGCGUGGAGAGGUGGAGUUCGGUGACCCCCUGGCGCUGCUGGCUCAGCCUCUGGGUGUGGGUGGCGUCCUGUGUACAGACGACGGUCAGGUGGUGUUGAUCAGGAGGAGCCAGAGGGUGGCGGAGGCAGGGGGGUUCCUGGACAUCCCCGGAGGUCACCCAGAGCCAAAGGUGGUGUGUGAGCGUCUGGGCCAGACUGAGGUGAGCGAGGAGCAGAUCAGCGUGGACAUGAUGCAGCAGAGGCCCGUCGUCUCCGAGCUGUUCUCGUCUGUGUGCGCCGAGAUCAGAGACGAGGUGAAUAUUCCUCUGAACUCCCUUGGAGAGCCGGUCCUGAUGGGGGUCGCUCUGAAUCACACCAGCGCCGGCAGACCAAGUGCUGAGUUCUACGUCAGUUGCUCGCUGACAUCUGAUGAAGUCAGAAAAUUGUACUGGAAAGGAGGAGCAGAGGCCCAUGAGUCCACAGACAUCGUCUUCCUCAGCAGAAUGGAGGUGUUGCAGCUGGACAGAAGCAGUCCUCUGUGGUCGGAGCUGUGUCCUUCAGCUAAAGGAGCCGUGCUGCUUUAUCAGAAGGUGAAGCCUGACAGUGAGCGAGGCCAGAGCAGACGACACGACGCUCAGAAUCAGAAAAUUGAUCAAAAUGACACAAAGAGUUGAGGGAUUUAUUACUCUUUGACUUUGAGGACUCUCUGAUCAAUGCUGGAGUUAAAAAUGUGCAAAAUACUGUAUAUUUAUCAUCAUUUGUACACUGCAGAGUAAAAUCAUGAUUAACAUUUAAAAAUAUUUUGUAUAAGAAUCCUGAGAAGUGACCUGGUUGUCGCCGGUAAAAUGAUUAAAUACUACAACACUGAUGAUUAUCUUUGAUUGGCCAAAGCAGCGGGUGCAUAUACUGUAGUCUGGAUCUCUGUUUGUAUACUUGCUGAUGUAGUUUGCUCUCUUUUUAAAAAAUUAAAAAACAUCAGUC